UCGAUGGGGAAAAAAACUUCCUCCAAACCCUAAACUCGGCCAAACCCCACAGGCCAUCAGAUAGGCCUCCAACCGCCGGCCCCCUGUCCCCUGCAGUCCACCCAUGGCGGCGGUGAGCCAGAGCGAUGCGCCUCACCGGGAGCCCGGGCAACGCCGUCCCAUGUGCGGCGUCUGCGCGAAGCCCCUCCGCCUCUGCCUCUGCGGCCGCCUCCGCUCCCCGCCGGUGGACAACGCCGUCGGAGUCACCGUGCUCCAGCACGCGAUGGAGGCCCACCACCCGCUCAACUCCACGCGCGUGGCGCGCCUCGGCCUCCGCAACCUCGCCGUCGUUCAGGUCACCGACGUCAACCACCGCGCCCGCUUCAUCCUCACCACGCUUGAGGCCGCCGGCGGCUCCGGCGCGGCGGCGUCGGGUCUUGGAGGCGGUCCUGUGGCUGCUCAUUUUGGAAACCAUGAUCGGUCUGACGGGCCUAAGGAGAUCGACUUGCAGAAUGGCUGUGGCCUUGCGGUUCCUCGUGAUGGGAUUUGCGCCAAAUCAGAUCGAAAAGAUAGCGCGAGCUGUGAUUUUGACGGGUCAGGAUUGAAUGCCUGUGGUUAUCUGGGCGCUGAAGACAUCAGUUUUGGUGAUUCUUGUGAAAGGUUGGAUCGUGGGGACCUCAAUGAUGGGAUCUUCUGCAAUCUUGCUGGAGAGGUUGGUUCUCUUAGUUGCUGCCACAAUGAUGGUGGGUGUGUCAGAUUCAUCAAGAAGACGAAGGGUGAUGAACGGCCUGCAGAUCUUGAAAGGCCUAACUCUGCAGCAAACCAGAUAGAGAACUCUGUUGAUGACUCAACUAUAGGUGAAAGCAACCAGGGGUUGACCUAUAAGGGUUGGACCAGGAAAAACAUGGAUAAGUGCGCUAUUGCAUACACAGAGAAGGAACUAAGGAUUGAUAUCGAACGUGGAGUGAAACCCAAAAUCAGAUGGUUAUCAAGAGGCCCGCUUGGUGAAGCAGCUGUCGCGAAUGGCUUUCUUGUCACAAAGAUACAGAUGAAGAAGUGUAAACUCACUGGAGAAGUAACAGUAUUUGAGGAAUUCUCAAUCACCAUACCACCAAAAUCUGCUUUGCUAUUUCCGUGCCAGCGGGCAAUCAAUAUCGAUGCUUCAGGUUGUCAGGUACAGCAUUUGAUUGUGUUGGAUGGCACUUGGGCAAAAGCACAGAGGAUGUACCAUGAGAAUCCAUGGUUGCAGCUUCUGCCACAUGUGAAGCUGGAGUCAGAUAGGGUUAGCUUGUAUAGUGAGGUGAGGCAUGAGCCAAAGGCUGGGUGCUUGUCUACCAUUGAGAGUAUAGUUGUUGCCAUGAGGAAACUGGGAGAGGAUUCAAAGGGAUUGGAUGAUCUCUUGGAUGUUUUUGAGUCGAUGAUUGCUGAUCAGCGACGAUGCAAGGAUGAGAAUGUGAAGCAAAAGCUGAAGUCCUAAUCAUAAGGUCUUAUCAUCAUCAGUCUGUUAUCUAACUUCAUGAUGACCUCUGGAUGCAUUUUUCAGUCCAGAUGACAUAUUUACGUUACUUCAUACUCAGAUUUUUUUAAUGCUGAAACUUCAUAGUUAGAUGGUGUUUUCCAUUUAAGCCUUAUCUCAUUUUCUGGUUAGGGCAGAACAUAUCAUUGCCAGUUUCCCCUUCUAUGAUCAGAUCUGACUCUUUUCUCAUUGUUGCUAAGCUCUCAUACACAAAUAUAUUUUGUAGACUUGGACCUAUGGUAAUCAUUUUGAAUGGGAUGAUGAUACAUCAGAUAUCUGAUACAGCA